GCCUUCCCCUCAUUGACGGGCGUCUACCAUUUUCGGAUUCGAAUUCUCUCCCGAAGCGUUAUUUUAUUUUAUUUUUUUUUUUUUUCUAUUAUGAAUCGGACACUGGUUGAUUUCGUACGGCUGAUUUUGCUCCCACUUCUUUGAUCUCCCUGCUCAUCGUACUAUCACUGUACCAAGCUACAAAAUCAGUGCUGCGCAGGGUGUUGUUGCGGAGAUUCUGUGCAUUUCGUUGAUGAGCAAUCGAGGAAUUAUGUGAGGAUAUAUACAUAUAUUUAUACUUUAAAAAAUAUGGCAGCUGAAUCGGGUGCUAGUUUUGCACAUGAGUCGUAAUCAAAAAUGUACUUCGGUGGAGGGAUCAUGAUAGGAGGGAUCCGUUAGAUGGGAUAUUCCAUUACGAAAUGUUGUUGGGGCCUCUUGAGCUGCUGGGGGGGAUCCAUAUCUUGAGUUUGGACCGUGAGAAUGAUGGAAAUUACUGAGGGUUUCGUCGGUGCUUGGUGGGGGUGCUGAGGUGAUCGAAUUCCAUCGCGCGCUGAUAUAGAUGUUCAUCUCACGCUUCUCCUGCCAGUGAAUUCGUGGCUCUCGUAGAUUAAGAACGAUGCACGUUGAAAGCUCCAAAUCGUAGUAGAGACGUACUCUUUCAAUGAUCUUUGACGACGUUGGAAUCUGAAAAGCGUGAGUUUGCAAAUCGCUUAGAUUGAGCAGUGACAGUGUGAAGCCGUUGUUGUAGCUAUGGCGAGAGGGGAACAUGGUGGCCAGACCAGUACUAGCGGGUUGCUUGGGGGAUUAUCGCCUCAGAUAGAGGAAAAACUAAGUGGUAACAGGAAGCCUUGCUUGAUGUUCACAGUAGCUUGCGUGCUUUCUAGUAUUUUUGCUUUAUCGGCGUUGUCCAUCAUCACGAACUCAUGCGAGGAAAGAAUCAGUGCGUCUACGUUUCGAUCUGCCUCGAUGGAAAGGAUGGCACAAAAUUACCGAAUGCAUUCGUUUUAUAGCAGCGAGGAUCACUCACCCAGCAAGAAGAGGAAGAUCGAUUCAGAGGAAAUUGUGAUCGACGAUGUGUUCAAGAAAAGCUACAACACGAACUUGAAAAACAUUGUCUUCGGGAUCGCGGCAUCGUCCAAGCUGUGGCAAUCGCGGAAGUAUUAUGUGAGAGAAUGGUGGCAGAAGAGAACGAUGCGAGGGUACGUGUGGCUAGAGACGCCGAUAAACGGGACUUGGGACGAAUUCGCACCCCCUUUCAAAAUCAGCGCCAACACCUCCCAGUUUAAGUAUUCGCGUCCGAAAGGCAACCGGGCUGCGUUGCGCUUGACGCGCAUUGUCACGGAGACAUUCAAGCUGGGGCUGAAGAACGUGGAUUGGUUUGUCAUGGGUGAUGAUGACACCAUCAUUUUCACAGACAAUCUUGUGCGUAUGCUGUCAAAUUACGAUCCCAAGCAGAUGCACUACAUUGGCAGUCACUCUGAGAGCCAUGUCCAGAAUACGCGGUUUUCCUACAGCAUGGCCUAUGGUGGCGGGGGAUUCGCCAUCAGCUAUCCGCUCGCCAGAGCCCUCGCUACGACGCAGGAUGGCUGCCUAAAUCGAUAUCCGGAGCUAUUCGGGAGUGAUGAUCGGGUUCAUGCGUGUAUUACAGAACUUGGAGUUCCAAUUACGAAGAAUCAGGGGUUCCACCAGUUUGACAUUCGGGGAAAUCCGAUGGGUCUGUUGGCGGCACACCCAAUGACGCCAGUGCUGUCGAUUCACCAUUUGGACAUAAUCGGGUCGCUUUUCCCGAGGAAGAGCCGGCUUGUAGCCCUGCGACUUCUGAUGAGAGCGGCCAGGGUCGAGCAAGCUAGCAUGUUCCAGCAAACCAUCACGUACGCCCAGCAGAGACGAUACUCAUUCUCAAUCUCCUCCGGUUACGUGGUGCGCGUUUACCAAGGUUUCGUGGCCCCGUGGGAGCUCGAAGAAGCUCCGCGCACCUUCUACUCAUGGUAUGGAAGUAAGAACCACGAUCAUUUCCCUUUUGACGUACGAGAGAUUCCCGACGAUCCUUGUGAGAAGCCCACCCUAUUCUUCCUGUCCAAAAGGUUUUUGAAUAAUACCGCUUCGGGGUGCAUUGAAACCGUCUACCUCAAGCAUAGGCUCUCCGAAUCGAAUUCAAAUGGCUGCGACGAGAGAAUCAACUCUGUGGAGAGAAUUCGUGUCCGUAGUACCCCUCUAGAUCAUUCUUGGUUUAUGCCGCGAAGACUUUGCGGGAGAGUCGAAAUGUGGAAGAAUGACACAAUCGACAUCUUUGUAAGACCCUGUCAACAAGGUGAGCUUGUUGUCGGGGUUCAUUAGAUUUAGAGAUAGACAGACCCUCAACUCCUUCAAACAAUAUUUACAAUCAUGAGGAGCUCAAAAGGUGAUCGGACUAUAUGUUUGGAGCUAAGUUAGCAAGGUGAGGGUAAAGCUUCAUUUCUAAGACAGGCCGUUGGGAGCCUUUCGUUGCCACGUCGUGCUGUUGACAAAAGCAGCACAAGUUUCGACAAUCACAUAUGAAGAUCUGGCAGCUUAUUUAAAUUCAACAGAGAUUUGAAUUGGGACGAAGACUUCAAAGCAAAGGCCGGUAUAGGGCCACAUGGUGGAAGGGGCGUGAGUGUCACUUCCUUGUGAUGCAGAGUAGAAGCUAAGAACUGCAGGGAGGAAGCACACAAAAGAAAGUAAUUCGUUUCUAGUGUGAGAUCUGUAAAAUCGCACCUCUUUGAUGAGAAUAAUUUUGGACAAGGAACCUAUGAAGUUUCGCUUA